AUGGUUCAAAUCAAAUCAUCCGUGUUAGUUGCCGCAGCAGCCAUCUCAGCGGCAUCUGCCCUACCCACUUCGUCAUCCCAAUCUAACAACUUGGUAGAUCUGGUUGUUGGUGGGAACGGUGGUAGUCCCACGAAAUCAAUCUCGACUAAUAAUCUUGGGAAUACCAAUGAUGAUAGAGGUAAAGAUGCGGUGGUGGAUCUGAACGUUGAUUUGGGUAGAGCUCAACCUCUACUCGAAGCUAGAAAACAAAGAAAAGUGGAUGAAGAGGAUGGUGGAUUGAGACGAUCAGUCAAGGAUAUGGUCAAGAACGUAGAGGAUAAAGCUAAGACGAGUCGAGGUGGAGCAGGAGGGAAGAUGUGGAAAGGGAAACCAUCUAAAAGAGGUCCAUGGAGGAAUGGUGGUGAUUUGAUCGAUCUGAAUAUUGGUCAUGGAGCUGUCGAUUCUGAUGGAAAUCACGACGGACAUUUGGUCAAUGGUAACUUGCUUGAUCUCGCCAUUCGUUCACCACGACAUGACGAGCACCUCAUCCUCACAGGGGAUAAUCACGACUAUUAUCGAAACUCGGGCCAUCGAGGACAUCGUCAUGGGAACGUACAUGAGCAUACCCACCUUCAUGCCAGACACUCAGGUCAUGGACGACACAGACAUUCCGUAGUGGAGGUGAUUGGAGAUGGGUAUGGAAGACACCACAGAGGUGGAUACGAAUUUAUCGAUACUGGGAGACACGGGUAUAGACAUGGGGAUGCAGAUGUUCAUGAACAUACCCACAUACACGAUAGAUCCCAUCAUGAUGAUGUAGUGGUACUUAAUGGUGGAAGGCAUAGACACGAUGAUGAUGUAACCGUGGUAAACAACGGACAUCGACACGGUGAUACUACUAUCGUGAAUAAUGAUGGUCGACACCACCACGGCGAUACAACCGUAGUGAACAACGGAGGUCCUCAUCGAGGUGAUACGACUGCAGUGAACAAUCACAAGCGAUCACCCAAAAUUGGCAUCUCAUCUAAACUCGCUGGUCUCGGUCGAGCGUUCCUCAAGCGAUCUCACUCUGAUGACAGGGACAGACACUGGAGACACGGUGGUAGUGAUACUACUAUUGUCAACAAUGGCAGACACAGCGACACCACUUUGGUCAAUAAUGGACGACAUGGCGAUACCACCUUAAUCAAUAAUGGUCGACAUGGCGAUACCACACUAAUUAACGGUGGACGACACGGUGAAACGCUCGUAGUGGAUAAUGAUAGACAUCAUGGACAUGGUGGGGAUACUACUAUUGUCAAUGACCAUAGACACCAUGAUACGACUGUGAUCAACAACGGACGACACGGGGAUACCACCGUAGUUAAUAAUGGAGGCCAUAGGCUCCACGGAGAUACGACAGUGGUCAACAACCAUAAAAGGGGGCACCACCAUUCCGAUCGAAUCGUCGUUGUAGGCGAUCAAAGGAGAUAUAGAGAUGCCGAUUUCUAUUAUAGGAAUUCGUGGGAUAGCGGAUUAAGUUAUGGUAAACCGAUCUAUUUCUCUGAUGGAGGAAGUUUCAACAGAGUUAGAAUGAUUGAUAAUUACCCGUAUAGACAUGGGUCAGGUGGAGUUAAUGUUAUCCCAGCUGAUGCGAUUCCCUUGAGAGGUGGAAGGUAUAAUGAUUAUCCUUAUGGAUAUGGGUAUCAUUAUGGAAGGUAUGGAAAGAGAUCUGAAGGAAACGAGGCUUCUGUCGAAGUUGAGAAAAGACAUCAUCACGAUGAUCAUGAAGAUAUCACUGUCAUCAAUAAUGGUCAUCACAGACAUCACGAUCAAGAUCUCACAGUAGUCCACAAUCACAAGCGACACCACCACGAAGACAAAGAGUGCAGACACGGUCGAUGUGAUGGUGAUGAUGUGACGAUUGUGAACAGCCUUAAGAGACAGAUGAUGCAGGAUAACGGUAUGGGCGGUGCACCAGGUUACAUCGAUGUUACCAGCCCCGUCUUCAACUCUACCACUGCCACUCGUAUCGCCUCACUGGUAUUAUCCACAUCUAACGGUACAGAUGCCAACUCGACCUUCGUCCUGAACGCGUCGAGUAACAUCCGUACUCAGGUCUAUCUCGUACCUGUCAAUCAAGGAAACUCUACCGUAGCCUCUGCAGCAGCAAGUACCAACUCAACUUCCACUUCGCCUAUCUCGGUCAAUCUCAAAGUGCCGAUCUUCGUAGCUUCCACAGCUACGGUCGAACCGUACUGUGCUACAUUCGAUCCCUCACCUGAAAAUCCAGCUCCGUUGACUGUCACACCCUGUACCAACGAGACUGUAUCUUCACACGAGAGUCAGAAGUUCCUGUAUAAUCCCGAUACAGGUGUGAUUCACCCUGAUUGGCAGCCUUCCACCGAUGCUCAGCAACUGCUCCAAGCUGUUCCAGACAGCGUCGAUGAUGCUUCCGACCCAGCUCACGCUCAAGCGCAGGACGUAGAUAAUACGUCAACUACUGAGGUUGAAGCCGCUACCGAAGUCGACCCUACCAAUUCCGCAUCAGCCACUCUAGCUAGAAGAGCUACUUCCACUCCCGCUACCUCAGGAACAGUCAACUCACCACCACCAUUGAUCACCUCAGGUCCACAGACUUCAACUGAUUCUACGGCUUUACCUCAAUCCAAUCCGGCUUCAAACGUAACAUUGAUUUUCACUCCUGUUAACCCAGCUAUCGUCAAUUCAGCUUCAGUAAACUUCGAUUCGGCUUCGUCUUCCGCCUCGACCCCGGACGACGAAUCGACCACUGAAGCUGGUAUGGAUUCUCAACAGGCUACAAUGACCAAGAGGGGAUUCCACGCUGUUAACCCUAUAAACCCCGAUGUCAACUCUUGGAGUUUCAACGCUGCCGAUUUGAAUAGUCCCGUCCAAUCUCAAUCGCAACCUGAAUCCAGUGAUUUCAAUGGUAACAGCAAUAGCAACGAUAAUGGUAUGAGUGACAAUGAAGCAAUGAACUCUCAAGCUAUCCCUACUUCCUCUUCCCCUACAAUGCCUGUCUACUCUGCUCCUGUCGGAUCAAAAGGUAUCCACGCUAACGCCCAAGCAAACGUAAACCUUGGUGAUUCGUUACUCCAGAAACCAAUGAUUGCCCCCGAAUCUCUCACCGCUCCUUAUGAGUGGAGAUGGACUAAAGCAGAAUCAGUCGAUGAGAGUGUUUUGUCAAAAGCUACUACGGUUGUUUAA